CACGAGAUGCCCAAGGCGACCUUGCUCUCCAAGGCACUGGCUGAACAGUAGACCAACCGAUAAAUAAGGCAUUGUGAAUCAUUGAUUUUCUCGUAGAAAGCUCGUGUCAGGAAUCAACCUUCUCCGCAUGAUUGCAUCCGCCGUGACGGGAUUUUGAGACACGCGAGGCUCUUGUUCUACCUGCCGAGAUGGCAUCCGCGGCUGCGUUGGUCAGUGCUGGAAGUUCUAUUGAGCCAAUAAACACGCGAGGCGGCUUAUUGCAGGGUCAUACCCCCACUUCGCCCUUGGAAAUGGGCUUGAUGCUCUUCAAUGAGAACCUCACAAACGACGAAGCGAAGAAGAUUGGAACCACGUCGACGACUAUCAAUCAUCCACAACAGCCUUGCACCCUCGAAGAUCUUUUACAAGAAGUAACGAAACUCCAAGAGAGCUGGAAUAACGAUCGCUCGGACGCCCAGCGAAGAGUCGACACGGUGAUCACCACGAUCGACCAACACGCGCGAGUCAUCGACGUUCUGAUAAAGCAGCAGCCUGACAUAACUUCACUUGUAUGGGGCGCUAUUCGCUUCCUCAUCGGCAUUGCCGCAAAAGAGAUAGAUACGACGGAGAAGAUCAGCCAGUCCUUAAUCCAGAUAUUAGGAAGCCUUGCGCGCUGGAACAAAUACAUUGAGCUUCAGAUCAUCAACUUUCUGGUCCGUGCAAAGAGCUACUACUCUAAGCCACGUCACGCUCGAAGUUUCAAAGUUGCUUGCAGGACGUAUGCACAGAAAUUCGAAAGCAUCAUGAGUCUCAUACACGCCUAUGAUCAGGCUCUUGAGCAAGAAGCCUCUCUCGCAGCAGAAAUUCGGCGUGCCGAAGAUCGAAAAGCACAAAAGGAACAAUUCGACAUUGCACAGAAAGAGAUUGCGAAACAAGAUCAAUUUCGAUCAGAUUUGUCACAUGAUGUAAGAGGGAUUAGGUAUACCUUUGAAGACGAUCAAUUGCGCCGAGAUACUACAACCGCCAUUGAAUGGCUGAAACAGAGCCAGUGUAUUUACCCGGUACUUUCCGAGAAUGAAGAAGGGACUGGUACAUGGAUACAGCGAAGUGAGCAAUGGAAUACUUGGGAAGCAAAUAUCAAUAACAAGCCUCUCUGUAUUUGUGGGCCUCCAGGCGCAGGAAAGUCUACCAUCGCCAAUCUCCUAUCAAGAACCGCCAGGACUUGUGUCACUUUCGUCUACUUCUUCCAAACCAUCACCAACAAAGAGCAAGCCACUUCUAUUAGCCUUGCAGCGUCAAUUCUCUACGAUAUUUUCGUGUUCCUCCAGCGGCAAGGCGCCAGAUCCAAUCCGCAACACUCUGUAUCUGUGCAUCAAGUUCUAGCACUUUCGAGCCGAAAGAGGAGAGUGGUUGAUGUUAAAUUCCGUGAACUUUGGGAUGUUGUGCUACACGCAGCAUCCGAACUCCCAGAUUUCACGCUCGUUAUCGACGGACUUGACGAAUGCGAAAGUGCUCUUGAAAAGUCGCAACAUGAGCUUAUUGUUGAACUCCUGAAACUUUCCUCCGCAAGAAAUGCACGCCUGAUAGUUCUCUUUCGAAACCAUCCUCAAUUAGAGACAGUUUUCGCUGGCUGUCCCACAAUCGAGAUUACCCCAGAGGCAAUCUCACAUGAUAUUCACGUCUAUGUCUCUGCAGAAAUCCAACGCCAUCCGGACAAGUUACAAAGAUUGGAAAAACAGAUUCGUCAAACUAUCUUAGAAUAUUCCCGAGGGAUGUUCUUGUGGGCAGUGAUGAUAAUGAAAUGCCUCAAAUCCGCGGAGACUUAUAACGAGCAACUCACGUAUCUUCAAAGCCCCCCACCAGACCUAUAUUCCUUCUACGAAAAUAUCAUUUCCAGAACGACCAUACGUCUUACACCAACUGCUACACUUAGGCGACGAGAAAUCUUCAUCAUCUUGGUCGGAGUCUACCAACCACUCACAUGCGAGGAACUUUCCUAUGUUUUGAGUCUCGGAACCGCGGAUACGCCAGAUGCCACAGAGUUCAAUACCCUAAUUGAAUCCGAGAAUGCGAUCAUGCGAUCAUGUUGGCCCCUAGCAAAGGUUUCGGACCACCGCGUUCACCUCAUUCACGCUUCGGUAAGGGACUUCCUCACAAGUCCUCAGUUGGAAACCAACUCUCCGAUUCACAUCACUUCGGACGAGUCAGAGUCCUAUCUCGCUUCAAAAUGUCUGUCAGCUCUUUCACAAGCGGAAUACAGAUCCAAAAAUAUAAUUGGAAUUUUGAUCCGAAGAAAUGUUGCGUCCGCCGCGGAAAAGGAAGAGGAUAAGUAUUUCUAUCAAUACGCAGCAACUCACUGGUUCGUCCAUUUGGUGGCCGUUCAAGAUCCCGAACUUAGCUUAGUCCAACAAGCAGCAAUCUUUUUGAUAGGAAAUGAAUUCGUGUCAUGGUCUGAAUUCAUCUUUCAGCUCAGUGGCUCUCAGGGCACAGUGUUGGAGGUUGAAUCUAAGUUAAAUAUCUGGCGGGAAACACUCUCCAAAGCGUUCCAGGACAUUUUAGUUUUGGAUAGGUACUUCUCAGGCCCAUACCGCGCAGUAGCCGAGGAAUUUCGAGAGGAUGGUGGGGACAAAACCCUGUCAUACCUCUGCCUUUUCCAGCUUGGAGCAUAUUUCAAUCUUGCCACACGCAUAGAAGAAGCGUUUGAGGUAAAGCGGGUUGUGGCCAGAGGACUCAUCGAUUUGUUAGGGGAGAGACACCCUCUGGCACUCAUGGCAGAGUCAGAAUUUGCAUUUGAAUAUUUGCAACAGCGCCGAUUUCCUGAAGCAGAGGCAACCUUCCGUCGGCUAGCACAGAUUCAGCGGGAAGUACUUGGGGUUGACCGGCCUGAUUGUUUCCACUCUCUCCAAAGGCAGGGAAUGGCAGAGCUGUGGAUGGCGAAGUUUGCCGAUGCCGAUUUGUGCCUUACCGAAUCGCUGUCAGGGCUCAUUAACACUGUUGGUGUCACAAGUUUUCUUUAUCUCAUGUCCCAAUUGACUUUGGGCCAAGUCUUGGAAUAUCAAGGGGAUAUUAGGCGUGCCUCGAUGGAUUAUGAGCAUAUUUGGAGAUAUCGGAGAGAGAUCCUCGGACCGGACAAUCCGAUGGCGAUUUGGGCUCGUUGUGCGAUGGUUUCAACGUUCCGCAAACAGGGCAAAUACGAAGAUGCGGAAAAGGCUGUUCUAGAAGUGAUUGACUCGAGAACGAGGACCAUCGGCCAAACAUCAUCAUCUACUAUUGAUGCCAUCAUUCAAAGAGUGGUCCUGUGCCUUGACAUGGGGAACUACCCAGAAGCACUCGAGCUAAUUGAGUUCAUCCUUGACGGCGGACUAGUAGAUAAAUGGUUCGAGAGAGUAGUUCAAGUGAACCAUGUACGGGCAUUAGUAGAGCUAUUCAUUGGUAACGCUGAACUAGCCAUGGAUAUCAUGCAAUCACUUGUGGACCGAGGUAUCGAGAAAGGGGUUGGAGGCCGGAUUAGAUCUCUUUUGUGGGUCCGAAAUGACUUGGCAACUAUCUAUCGGAAGAACGGCAGGAGCGAUGAAGCACCGAUGCUCUUUGACGAGCUUGUCACAUCCAUCGACAGUGAUUCAGACUCCUCAUGGGUAGAACCGCAAUCGCCGGUUGAGCUUGCUCUUGCCGAGAAAGCUUUGAAAUUGGUUCGAGAAAUGAAGGCAUAUGACGCGGAGUUGUUGUUGAAAGAAAAUGGACUUAAGUGGUUGCGGCAGGAAGACUUUUGGAUUCUGAAUGGCGAUCCUGCGGCUGAUACAGCUUGGAUGAGAAAGCCUUACACUUAAAUUGGUCUAGAUGUGUAGCGAACCGCAGGCAAACAGGGCUGACUCGAGUAUUUGGAGUUACGAAUAUGUCUAAGCAAGAUUGUUCACCUCGGACAAAAGAACUGUUCAAGAAGAUAUAUGCUAUUUGGACUUAUGAGGAGAACUUUGUUGGUCGCUCUCUGCUGAUACUGAGGCCAUUAGCGGGCUAGCGGACAAAUCCGAGAAGCGAAAAGUGAUUUUCUGAUUUUCUGAUUUUCUGAUUUUCGCGCCUAUACCCC